ACAACUACAACUACUACACCUACCACAACUACACCUACUACAAUAACUACACCUACCACAACUACAACGCCUAUCACAACUACAACUACUACUACACCUACCACAACUACAACUACUACACCUUCCACAUCUACAAUACCUACCACCACUAAAACUACUACAACACCUACUACAAGUGCUACCACAAAAUCAGAAGAUAAAUUCAUUACCUCAACGACAGUGAAAUGGGAAAAGCCAGGUGGCGCAGGGGCCAAUGCCGGGCAGACGGGCGAGUCAGGACAGAUCAGCAGUGAAACGAUUAUGUACAUAGGGAUAACAUUGGGCUCUUUCCUCAUUUUGUUCAUAAUAGCGGUACUUGUUUACACGUGCUACAGAAGGCGAAUACGAAAUGUAAAAGAUCGACUUAGAAAUGAAAGCGUAGACACGGAGAGCACGAACAAUGGGGGAUACAGCGACAUGAACGGGUAUGCUAAUGUCGGAUUCCAGAACCCUAUGUAUUCAGACACUCCCGUGGACACUCCCACGUCCCCCACAACAUCGCCACCUGACGAGCCCGUUUUGGCUACUCCUGCGCCAUCUGCAGAACCAAGAUACGCCACAACCUUAGGAAAGCCCUGCUCUGUGGCCUUUAAUACACGGACCGACUUUGAUAACGGAGACGAUGGGUAUGCCACGCUAUCCGACGGAAUACAAGAACCAUUAUAUGAAAACGAGAACUUAUCGGUUGCUAAUGGUAACAUAGGACCCCUGGAGCCCCUGAAAGAAGAAUAUGUAACGACUAUUGUGAUAGGUUAGAUGUGCUGGGGGGGG